UUUAAUUCUGAAGGUUGCUUUGAUUUUAUCAACUGACAUACAUAAGCUUCUGUAGACAAAAGUAUAUUGGCAAUACAUGACGCUGUUGCUGUUCUUAAAUUCCUUACUGCCUUGGCCUUCUAUAAGCACAUAAGUGACAUAAUGCAAAUGUGCCUCUCAUGCAGGCCAACCCAGAGGACCAGACUGCUGCAGACCUUGCAGUGGUGCUGUUUGAAACUACCACCUUACUUUCAGGCUAUCAGCUGGCGGACACUAAGGCUUAUGGAGAGCGGAUAGAGCAGAUGCUGCGACUCAGCAUGAACGUAGAUGUCAACGAGCAGGUGGAGGAGAAGCCAGAGGAGGAAAAUGAGGAACCUGUAGAGGAUGAUGCUGAGGAAGAGGAGGACACCACAGACAAGGAUGAGCUGUAAUUCACAGAGCACAGGGC